ACUACCACAGAGACCACUACAACAGAAAGUACAACAACUGGCACCACAACUCCACAAAGUAGUACCACAGAGACCACCACAACAGAAAGCACAACCACAGGUUUGACAGCUCCAGAAAGUACUAUCACCACAACAGAAAGCACCACAACUGACAUUACAACAACAGAAGGUACAACCACUAGCACCACUACUCCACAAAGUACUAUCACAGAGACCACAACAAAAGAAAGCACCACAACAGGGACCACUACAACAGAAAGCACAAGCACUGGCACCACAAUUCCAGAAAGUACUACUACAGAGAUCACAACAACAGCAAGCACAGCAACAGAAAGCACAACUACUCUCAACACAACUCCACACAGUACUACCACAGAGACCACAACAACAGAGGGUACAACAACUGGCACCACAACUCCACAAAGUAGUACCACAGAGACCACCACAACAGAAAGUACAACUGGCACCACAACUCCACAAAGUAGUACAACAGAGACCACCACAACUGAAAGUACCACAAUAGGGUCCACUUCAACAGAAAGCACAAGCACUGGCACCACAACUCCACAAAGUACUACCACAGAGACCACUACAACAGAAAGUACAACAACUGGCACCACAAUUCCAGAAAGUACUACUACAGAGAUCACAACAACAGCAAGCACAGCAACAGAAAGCACAACUACUCUCAACACAACUCCACACAGUACUACCACAGAGACCACAACAACAGAAAGCACCACAACAGGGACCACUACAACAGAAAGCACAAGCACUGGCACCACAACUCCACAAAGUACUACCACAGAGACCACCACAACAGAGGGUACAACAACUGGCACCACAACAGGGACCAUUACAACAGAAAGCACAAGCACUGGCACCACAACUCCACAAAGUACUACUACAGAGACCAACACAACAGAGGGUACAACAACUGGCACCACAACUCCACAAAGUAGUACCACAGAGACCAUAACACCAGAAAGCUCCACAACGGGGAUCACAUCAACAGAAAGCACAAGCACUAGCACCACAACUCCACAAAGUCCUACCACAGAGACCACCACAACAGAAAGCACAACCACAGGUUCGACAGCUUCAGAAAGUACUACCACCAGAACAGAAAGCACCACAACUGACAUUACAACAACAGAAAGUACAACCACUAGCACCACUACUCCACAAAGUACUAUCACAGAGACCACAGCAACAGAAAGCACCACAACAGGGACCACUACAACAGAAAGCACAACCACUGGCACCACAACUCCACAAAGUACUACCACAGAGACCACCACAACAGAAAGCACCACAAUGGGGACCACUACAACAGAAAGUACCACCAUUGGCACUACAACUCCAAAAAGUACUACUGCAGUGACCACAACAACAGAAACCACCACAACAGAAAGUAUGACCACAGGUACCACAACUCCAGAAAGUGCUACCACAGCAACAGAAACCACCACAAGUGACCUUACAUCUACAGAAAGUACAAUGACUGGCACCACAACUCUACAAAGUACUACCUCAGAGACCACAACAACAGAAAGCACCACAAUGGGGACCACAACAACAGAAAGCACAACCACUGGCACCACAACUCCACAAAGUCCUACCACAGAGACCACCACAACAGAAAGUACAACAAUUGGCACCACAACUCCACAAAGUAGUACCACAGAGACCACAACAACAGAAAGCACCACAGCUGAAGGAACGACAGGCAGCACCACCACCGGUACCACAGCAGCAGAAAGCACCACAACAGCGAGAACAAGAGAAAUUAACCCAAGUCCUUCAUAGUUUUAAAGUCUUCAUAAAAUUAAUUAUAUACAUAGUAGCUCCAGAGAAACUAAAAAAAAUAAAAUCCAUAUCUAUUAAAUUGCAGUGGAUAAAAUAAAUGUUUAUGCCUGGUCACAGUGUGAUCCUAAUGAUUAGCAUUUAAGCACUUCAUAUAAAUAAAAACAAUGCACUCUGU